UUAAUCUUGUGCUUAAACUAGAGAAGAACCAAAAAAAAAUGUCUUCAACAAUUAGAGAAAAUGGAAGAGGCAUAGGAGAAGCUUCCUGCAAUGGCAUUGUCCGGCGGAUGGUAGGCCUUCCGAGAAGCAUUUUAGGGGGAUUUUCAAGAGUAAUGGGUCAUGGUAUAAAUGUCAUGGGAUCAAUAGGAGGAAGAAGGCAUCACCCUCAACCAUUGAACUUUCAAUUUCCGCAACUAAUUCCACAAGAACCAGUAGUUGUUCCAGAAGAGUUUGCUUUUCUAAACAGUUUUGAGCAGCAAUAUGGCUCCACACAUCCAUUCUUUUAUGCAUGUAAUUUCAUGGAGGCUUUAAAGAUAGCUGAAGAUGAACAUAAGUUUAUGUUCAUGUAUCUCCACUCGCCACAACACCCUUUCACUACCCCUUUCUGUCGAGACACAUUGUGUUCAGAGUUUGUAACUCAGUUUCUUGAUGCAAACUUCAUUUCCUGGGGGGCUCUUGCUGAUAGAGGAGAAGGUUUACAAAUGGCUGCAACAAUGAGGGCUGCCAGCUUCCCCUUCUGUGCAGUAGUAGCUCCUGCUGCCGGUAAUAGCAUAGCAGUGCUUCAACAGAUGGAAGGACCAAUAUCCCCAGCAGAGCUAGUGGAGAUUCUGCAGAGAACAAUGGAGGAACAAGGGUCGGCUUUUGGUGGCGCAAGAGCAAAGGAGGAAGAAAAGGCGAGAGCAAUCGCAAGAGCCAAGGAAGAAGAAAAGAUAAAAGCAGAUCGUCAGUUAAGAGAAGAACAAGAUGCAGCAUAUCUAGCAGCUCUAAAGAUUGACAAAGAAAAAGAGAAACUCAAACAAUUGCCCUCUGGAGGAAAAGCUCAGAACCCAGUUGAAGUAGGUUCAAAUAAAGCAAAUUAUGAGAAGUUUAGCCACACUCCUAUUCAAAAACACAACGGCAAAGCAAAAAUAACCCCCAGUACUAUUAGAGAAACUCAAUACAAGCAGACUACAAACUGGGGAAAGGAUUCCCAGGUUACUCAGAUACUGAUUCGAUUUCCAAGUGGUGAAAGAAGAGAACAUAGCUUUUCGCCCACCGAUAGAAUCCAGUCAAUCUACAGAUACGUUGAUUCUCUAGGCCUGCCUGGUGUUGAAAACUACAAACUGGUAUCAAGCUUCCCCAGAAGAGUUUAUGGUGUUGAUCAAAUGGGAAUUACUCUCAAAGAGGCUGGCCUCCAUCCUCGAGCUAGCUUGUUCUUAGAGCUUCAGUGAUUAUAAUAACAUUUACACCGCAUGCACCAACCCUUGUAUCAAUGAUAAUCACUACCAGAAUAUUAUUUAGCAUCUCAUCAAUGUUGUCAAAUAUAUCUGUUAUAUAAUAAUAAUAAUGUUAUCGACUAUAUACAGUUGUUCUUGGAAGAUUUUCCAGCUACUUCAGCCGAAUAAACUUUCCU